GUCUAAAAAAUCUGUGGUUGAUUAGUUUUCUCGGGAUAAAUCGGUUUGGUCUCUUUACCACAAUAGCAAGCACUAAUUAUACAAUUUAUUUCUGAUUAUUAAUUGCACCAAAGGAUCAAGUUGCGUUUCCUUAAGAUACGUUUCAAUCCAUAAAUAAAAUGUCUAACGAUACGACUGCAAAUAAAAACUUUUCCAACCUGGAGACCCCAGGUUAUGUUGGCUUUGCAAAUUUGCCAAACCAAGUUCACCGCAAGUCUGUGAAAAAAGGCUUUGAGUUUACCCUUAUGGUAGUGGGAGAGAGUGGCUUGGGCAAGUCAACUCUUGUGAAUUCACUAUUCCUUACUGAUCUUUAUCCAGAGAGAGUGAUUCCUGAUGCUAUAGAGAAAACAAAUCAAACUGUUAAACUAGACGCAUCUACUGUUGAGAUUGAAGAAAGGGGAGUCAAGCUUCGCCUUACAGUAGUUGAUACACCUGGUUAUGGUGACGCUAUUGACAACACAGACUGCUUUCGCUCUAUUAUCCAGUACAUUGAUGAACAAUUUGAGCGGUUCUUACGCGAUGAGAGUGGUCUCAACCGCCGCAACAUUGUUGAUAAUAGGAUUCAUUGCUGCUUCUACUUCAUUUCACCAUUUGGGCAUGGGUUGAAACCACUGGACAUUGAGUUCAUGAAACAACUUCACAAUAAAGUGAAUAUUGUGCCUGUUAUCGCAAAGGCAGAUUGUCUCACUAAAAAAGAGGUACAGCGCCUAAAGACCAGAGUUAUGGAAGAGAUUGAAAAGGAAGGCAUUAAGAUUUAUCCACUGCCUGAUUGUGACAGUGAUGAAGACGAGGAUUAUAAAGAACAGGUCCGUCAAUUGAAAGCAGCGGUACCGUUCGCUGUGUGCGGCGCCGGGCAGCAGCUGGAGGUGCGCGGCCGCAGAGUACGCGGCCGACUGUACCCGUGGGGGGUUGUCGAAGUUGAGAACCCUGACCAUUGCGAUUUCAUCAAACUGAGGACUAUGCUCAUCACCCAUAUGCAGGACUUGCAGGAAGUGACCCAGGAGGUACAUUACGAGAACUAUAGAUCGGAGCGUCUUGCACGUAGCGGACAAGUACCCAAGCGGCAUACAUCAACUGAGAGUGGCUUGAGUGAAGCGGAGACCAAUGGACUGAGCAACGGGUCUACCGAAGACCCAGCUGAACGUGAACGUGCUCUGCGUGAAAAGGAAGCGGAACUCCGGCGCAUGCAGGAGAUGCUGGAGCAGAUGCAGCGGCAGAUGCAGCUGCAGGCGGCCGGCGCCCCCACCACGGCAUAGUGCUGCAACGACGCACAGUUAAAAACAAGUACGGCUGUCCAGAUGCCAGUCGCCUGCGACGUCGUCAACUCUAUACUGCGCGUCAUACCAUACUGUGUCACCUCCAACUAAUCUAAAGACGGUCAAGCGCGACUAAUUUUUAUAGAUUUUUUUUUUCGAAAAUAUUACCAAAAAAUUUUUGUGAAAACGUGUAGUGCAUGCAACAUAAGUGCGAACAAAUGAAAUGCGUCAAUUUAAUUUUCUUAAUGAAAUUAGCUUAUGUUGAAAUACAGUGUCGUAUAUCGUUCCUAUUAUGAAUAUAAAUCGGAGCUUUAUUAAAAAAAAAAACAACUAAGUUCGUGUACAUAUCGACACCACGUUCCAUUACAGUUUUCUGAUCGUAAUAUCAGCAUAUCAGGUUAUUUUAAUAUGUCAAAUUUCAACAACCUAUUUUGAACUUAACAGCGACCUAUUAAGGUUCGAAUCAAUUAGAAAGUUGACAGUUUUAAAUAACGUGAUAUACGUGACAACGAACGUGUUUUCUGAUGUGGAUGAACCAAGUGUUUUAUCUAUUUUCCAAUAUUUCAGUUGAAACUGUUAAUUAUAGUAAUUUUCAGGGUCGAAGGUGUGUUUCAGUGACUAUUUUAUUCAUCAAAUCAUUUAUUCAAGUAUUAUUCUCAUUUAUUCUAAUUUACGUACAUAAUUGCGUUAAUAUUAUUAUAAUAAUGAUACGUGAUAGAUAUAAUUAUCUCGAAUUAGAUAUCGAAUAUUCAUAUUAAAAAAUCUCUAUUUAGCUGUAAGAAGAUGCAAUAUUACAUUCAAGUUAAAUAUUCUCUAUAUUUUAAGAAGAUCAAGAUUAAACGGACUACUCUUUGAUAAAUGUAAUACAGUAGAAUAUAUCGUAUCAAGUAGUGACAAAUUUUAUAAACUUAAAAGAUUCUAAAUUCAAUAGUAGAAUUAAAUACUUACUCGGCAUGUGUCUUUGAUCUGGAUGAUAUUGAUUCAAACAGUUUCUUAUGUGCAAACGUCGAAUGUAACUAUUGACGUGUAUGGGGCUUAAGUAUUUUCUUAUUUCUUUUUUCAUAAUCAAAAUACACUUUUUCUUAUUUGGUAUUUAAAAUGUUCUCGUCAUAUCAUACACCGACCAUAUCAAUUGAUUAUUUCAUUUAAUGCACAUUUUUAUUUUCAUUUUGUUCUAGGAACAGUAUUAUUAUAAUUAACAAAUUAUUCAUACGUCAUAUGUAUGUUAAAAAGAUGUGCAGUAAAACCCGAAAAAUAGAACUCGUCGAGAAUAUUGGUUUAGAUCGACCAGACUAAUCUCCAUGAUGAUUUAACGUGUGGUUAAAAGUAAACUGUCUUAUUUUAAGGAGUAUAAGCUAUAAUAUUACGCAUUUGAUUUGCGUCUCACUCGCACUUGGCGGGAAUCGGCGUGCGGAAGGCAUAAUGAUGUGUUACUUAAACAAUUCUGAUUGGUCAGGAUUUACUGCGCUUCAAUGAUAUUUGCAAGCAUAUUGUGAACCAUGUGAGUUUUACUGUACUAUCAUUUAUAUAAGUAUUUUACUGCAGAAAUGACUGAUUUGUUGUAUUCAAUUUGUACUACAUUUUCUUGUAUUAUUUUAAUUUUUUUAUUAUUAUAUCUUGUAUACGUAAGAAUUGAUGUUGAAAUUGAAGUCUGAAAAAUGUUUCUGAUUGAAUUGGAUUGAAUUAUUUAGGGUAAGUAGGUACUUAAAUGUUUAAUCAAUCGAGAAUAGAUAUUAGAAUAUUCCAAUAUUGGUGCAUUUAUUAAUUAGUGUAAAGCAUAAAAUUAAAUACUAAAAAUAAAUGCGAUUUUAGCCAAAAAGCUCGCAUAACAUUAGAAAUUGUAAAGUAACAAGACACAGCAAUGUUCAUGGAUUUUAAUCAGUAGAGAAAUCUAUUAUGUAAUCUUAUCAAAUAUAAUUAAAGCUAUAAUAAAGGUACAAUAGUGCCCAAGCAAUUCAAUAGGCAAUAUAAUAUACAGUCAACAGCACGUUCGGUAAUACAAAUCUGUUAAAUUUCUCCACUUGAUUUAGAACCUUAAUGUUUUGCGGGUAGCGUUUUAAAUCGACUGGAGAACUCUGACAAAUUGUGGUACCUGACGUACAGCACAUCUGUGUUGGAUGUUAACAUAUAGAUUGUGAAAAAAUGUGGCUGUUUAGAAAAUAUAACUUUUUCAAAAAUUCUAGAAGUAAAUUGGUGCCAAAGCUACAAAAUAGUAAUUAUUACUGAUUUAAAAUUAUAACACCGAUAUGAUGUCCGGAGAUUGGAAAAAUACGAUAUUUCUAUGUUUAACAUUAGAAACAAUGUAAUCUAUCAUUAUAUUUUUUUAUAUAUUAAAGAAUGG